CCUGUGGGUGGGUGUCAGGAUCUGGGAUUAGCUGUAGCCGCAGGUAAUAACCAAACAUUGGGACACACGGCAACACAGGGUACUCCCUUUUCAUUUUUAGCCCAAAGAGACGACACGGAAGAGCCGGCUCACGUCGGCGGGGCUCAGCGCCGGACUCCAGACUUCCGCGGUCUGCUCGCUGAACAAGUUACCAGGGAGUAAACGCCGACACCACGGGCUCUUCUUAUGCGGUCCCAGGAGCUCUGAGCCAUGCCUGGCCGCAGCGCAGGGGCUCCCCAGACGUCCCGCCAUGACAAACACCACAGCGCCAGCUCCAGACGGGACAACUACAGACAGUCUCGGACUGCAUCCAAGGACAGCACGGCCAGCCACGACUCCUACAAGGAUUCCCACGGGGAGCACCUACGGGAGCACCACACUGACCACUCCCGGUAUUCAGAAAACAAGCAUGGUCGCAGCAGAAGUCUGCCACGAAACGGCACAGGACGAGGCUCCGAAACCAUAGGAUUUAUUCCAGGGUCAGCGGACAACACGCCUGCGAGCAGACCGACCUGCGGCUCCUGUACGUCCAUGGGCUGGAGUGGCUGCAAGGCUCUCAUCUGCUGUGUACUGACCUGUGGAUUUUAUGGCAGCCGAGAGCCAUGCUUACCUGUUAAUGAGAGCUCCACAGACCAUCCCCCCAAAGCAGGUAGUGCGCCCCACCCUCCUAACGGCAUGGCUGUUACCAACCCCACCUGCGGUAUCCCUGUGGAGCCAGUAAAGUCCAACAAAACUCCCAAGUUGCCGGCAAGUGAAAGCUUCCGGUACCAGGAUGUGCGCAUUAGAGGUCAGACUGUAAAGUAUCCAGUUAACGCCCCGAAACGGACCCGUAUACCCAAGGAGAAAGGAGAAACCCAGCGACCAGUCAGCAACACCAGCCUGUUGUCCAAUGAUUACUAUGACUUAGAUGAGCAGUGCGACAGCACGGACGUUGACUCUCUCAUCACCAAGAAGCUGCUGGAGCUUUAUGCUCUUCAUCAGAUCGACCAGCUGGCCAAGUGCACCUCUGACUCGUCUUUCUCUCGCAAGACAAACGAGAUCAGUGAGCUCAUCUACAGCAUUGCUCAGGACUACAACCUCGAGGAGCAGGAGGCCGAGUGCAAGCUGGUGCACGGAGUUAUCCGCAUCAGCACGCGUAAAGGCAAGAGGAACAAGAGCCAUCAGCCAGCAGGGCAGCGUCCGAAUGGCAGGAGCGACGGGACCCUCCCUGACAGUGGCAAUGAGACUAUGACCCACACUUUCAUGAGCAGUGACUUUCCAGAGGUGAAAGUGUCUGAACAGACGCCAUCAGACAAGCUGGCAAGGGAAAUGAGACUUUACAGUGAUAGAACAUAUUCUUCCAGCACUGCCACGGGCUACCACUAUGACACCGAAACGGACUCCUCAGGUGCUCCUCUGCUUAUUUGAUGAACGCAGAGCCCAAAAGUGCCUGUACUGGCAAAUUCUGUAGCCAGUUUCUCCCCUUUAUUGUCAUUUAUGCUGUUACUGAGUGGAGCACCUUUUCCCUUGGACUAGUUAUAUUUCUCCUUUUUAGUGGUCAAGAUGAUAGGAGGGGUUCCUAUGUCGAGGACCCUUAUCUUUCUUUCAUAUGACCAACAGGAGGUUGUUUUUUUUUGUCCAUGUAGGGAUGUGAGUUUAUUUUAAUUUGCAUGCAGUGUUUAACGUUUAAGUGGCUGCUGUAGAUGUAAAAUCAGCAGUCUGGAGCCUGCAGAUAGUAGAGGUUGAUGUUAGAACGUGACCGUCCUCAUUCCUUUUGUUUAUAAAAGUUGUGUAUGUUCAUGCUUAUUGUCUCCUGCCAUUUCUUUAGGUUCCUAAGAUGCAAUUUGUUUUCUUUUUUUUUACCUGUAUUGUUACAAGCCAUAUUUUGAUGUUACUUUGUGCAAUAUGGUUUCCAUUUUUUAUAUUAUACAGUGUCUUAUUUUACCAAAAUAAAACUAUGUGCUGUUUUACA